CAUUCCAAACCAAAAAAUAGGUUAUAUUUGUUUGUUUGGGAAGAUUUUUGUCAACAAUAUUCCUUAUUAAUAAUUUAAUAAAAUAUAACUAAUUCCUUCAAUAAAAAACAGCAUGGCCGAUAGCGAUGAAGAUAACAAUGAUUCCAUAAACCUGACAGGUUUUUUGUUUGGUAAUAUAGAUGAAAGCGGUCAUCUCGAAAGUGAUAUUUUGGAUUCUGAAUCACAAAAAUAUCUUUCUUCUCUUGGCAAGCUGGGCUUAGGUUCGUUUUUGAAAGAAGUUUUCAAUGAAAAUGAUGCAUCUACACAAGAAGAUUCAUUUGAGCCAAACAACAUUAAUGCUUAUGAUGAAGAAAGUAAAUCACCAUCUGCUGUAGAUUUUUCGGAUAUAAAUGAAUUAGCAGAAGAAUUUGAAAAUGGAGACACCAUAGCAAUAAAGAAAGAACCAAAUGAUGGAUUUCUCAUGCCUCCUCCCCCGGCGCCUCAAGAAACAGAUCCUGAAGGAGAUAAAAAAAAGCUGGAAACUCCACUCGCUGCUAUGUUGCCUUCAAAAUAUGUAGAUGUUGAUGUUAGAGAAUUGUUCCCUGAUUUCAGACAUGGCAAGGUACUUAGAUUUUCCAGGUUAUUUGGUCCAGGAAAACCUAGUAGCCUACCUAAUUUAUGGAAAAAUGUUAGGAAAAAACGCUUUAAAAAAAGGAAUAGAGAAUUGAACCAACAACAAAAUGAUUCGGAUUCUAAUUCUGACGAGGAAAAUCCAAAAAAGAGGGGUUGGUUCAUCGAAUAUGGACCCGAUCCCAAACCAGAGGAAUGUAAAAGUGAUGAUGAAAAAAAAUUUCUUAAGCCUGUGGAACAAAAUAAAGUUGACGAAAAACAAGAGACCCAAAUGAAGGAUGAUACAGGCCCAAAAGCAGCUGACUGGAGGUUUGGUCCAGCUCAAAUGUGGUAUGACAUGCUGGAAGUUCCUGAAAAUAUGGAAAAUUUCGAUUAUGGUUUUAAGACAAGCAAACAGAAGGAACCGGAGAGGCAAGAAACGGAACCGAAGGAACCCAAAGAAGGCGACGAUUUUCCCGACGAUGCGUUUCUCAUGGUAACGCAGCUUCAUUGGGAAGACGACGUUGUAUGGGACGGUAACGACAUCAAGCACAAGGUUCUUCAGAAGUUGAAUUCCAAGACAAAUGCCGCUGGUUGGGUUCCCAGCAGUGGUAACAGGACUGCACAAGCCUUCAGUCAGCCGGGAAAAGCCAUAGGUGGGGCCACUGUGAGGAUGCCCCCAGCAGCUCUGCCCGUAAUGAAACCGAAGACACCGAUAGGACUACUGAAUAAACCGAAAGAUGAUGUAGACGACACCUGGUACUCCAUUUUUCCUGUUGAGAACGAGGAUUUGGUGUAUGGACGGUGGGAAGAUGAAGUGAUAUGGGAUGCGGAAAAUAUGAAAUCUAUCCCGAAACCUUCCAUACUGACUUUGGACCCCAACGAUGACAAUAUAAUAUUGGGUAUUCCUGACGAUAUAGAUCCAUCCAAACAAGUUGCAGGUCAAGCAACCCCCGUCAAGGUCAAGAUUCCUCAUCCUCACGUGAAAAAAUCUAAGAUUCUUUUGGGUAAAGCAGGAGUGAUCAAUGUGCUCCAAGAAGAUCUACCACCACCACCACCAAAAUCUCCCGAUAGAGAUCCCUUCAACAUAUCGAAUGACGUGUAUUACAUGCCAAGGUCUUCAGAAACUACUUUGCGUAUGAAGGUCGGAAGUGCCAACUUGAUACAGCAUUCCACACCGGUUGUGGAGCUCAGGGCUCCGUUCAUCCAAACACAUAUGAACGAGAUGAAACUGAGAAAUUUCCACAGACCGCCAAUGAAGAGAUUCUCGCAAGGUUCACUGUCCAAACCAUGUCCACAUCCGGUUUCCCCGCUAGUGGAUCAUAUUCAGAAAAUGGCACUGCAAAGAGAAUCGGAGAGGAUGGCAUCCGGUGGUGGUGAUGUAUUCUUCAUGAGGACACCGGAAGAUUUAUCCGGUAAAGAUGGUGAUUUGGUGCUCAUCGAAUUUUGUGAAGAACAUCCACCUUUGAUGAAUCAGGUUGGAAUGUGCUCCAAAGUGAAAAACUAUUACAAAAGAACCGCUGGGAAGGAUAUGGGUCCUACGAAUUAUAAAUACGGUGAGAUGGCCUACGCUCACACCUCACCUUUCUUGGGUAUUCUACAUCCCGGUCAAACGAUACAGGCUUGCGAGAAUAAUAUGUACAGAGCACCUAUAUAUGAGCAUGCCAUUCCUCAAACUGACUUUUUGAUAAUCAGAACUCGUCAAGCAUAUUAUAUUCGAGUUAUCGAUGCUCUAUUCGUGGCCGGACAGCAGUGUCCUCUAUAUGAAGUGCCAGGUCCAAAUUCCAAACGGGCUAACAAUUUUGUUAGAGAUUUUCUGCAGGUUUUUAUCUACAGGUUAUUCUGGAAAAGCAAAGAUAAUCCUAGAAAGAUCAGAAUGGACGAAAUAAAAAAAGCGUUUCCCUUGCAUUCUGAGAGCAGCAUUCGGAAGAGGUUGAAGCUAUGUGCGGAUUUUAAGAGAACUGGAAUGGAUUCUAACUAUUGGGUUAUAAAACCUGAAUUUAGAUUGCCAACAGAGGAAGAAAUACGUGCCAUGGUAUCACCUGAGCAGUGUUGCUCCUACUUCAGUAUGGUUGCUGCCGAACAACGAUUGAAAGACGCUGGUUAUGGGGAAAAGUCAAUUUUCACUCCAGCAGAAGAUGACGAUGAAGAGAUGCAACUGAAAAUGGACGAUGAGGUAAAAGUGGCACCAUGGAAUACAACAAGGGCCUACAUUCAAGCAAUGAAAGGCAAGUGCUUACUACAGUUGACAGGCCCUGCAGAUCCUACAGGCUGUGGAGAGGGCUUCAGUUACGUCAGAGUUCCUAACAAACCAACGCGUUCGUUUUUCCAGCAAAGUAAAGAAGAGCAAGAAUCACAACCUAAAAGAACUGUAACAGGUACGGAUGCUGAUCUCAGACGUCUAUCUUUGAACAAUGCUAAAGCAUUACUAAGGAAAUUUGGUGUUCCGGAGGAAGAUAUUGAGAAAUUAUCACGUUGGGAAGUUAUUGAUGUGGUGAGAACCCUAUCAACGGAAAAAGCGAAAGCCGGAGAAGAAGGAAUGGACAAAUUUUCCAGAGGUAAUCGAUUCUCGAUUGCUGAGCAUCAAGAAAGGUACAAGGAAGAAUGUCAGAGGAUAUUCGAUCUCCAGAACAAAGUUCUGGCUAGUUCAGAAGUACUGAGUACUGAUGAAGGUGAAAGUUCCGAUGAAGACAGUGAUGAGGACAUCGAAGAAAUGGGUAAAAAUUUGGAGAACAUGUUGGCUAAUAAGAAGACAGUGACACAGCUGUCACUCGAAAGAGAAGAACAAGAAAGGCAAGAGCUAAGAAAAAUGAUCAUGGAAGGAGACGAAAAAAAUAAGGACAAGAAUAAAAACCGCAAGGACGAAGAAGAGAAUCAAGACAAUGGAAACUAUGGACAGCAAGGACGCGUAUUAAGGAUAAUGCGGACCUUCAGGGAUUCAGAUGGGAAAGAAUUCACUAGGGUAGAGACAGUGAGAAAGCCUGGGGUCAUUGACGCUUACGUCAAAAUUCGUACCACCAAAGAUGAGGCCUUUAUCAGACAGUUCGCGACGCUAGACGAGGCACAGAAAGAGGAGAUGAAGAGAGAGAAGAGGAGGAUACAAGAGCAGUUGAGGAGGAUCAAGAGGAACCAGGAGAAAGAAAGAUUGGCUCUGGGUCAACCUGUUUCUCUAUCCCACUCUGAAAAAUCUCAUGCCAGUAGUAGCGCCGUUACCAAUACUCCAACAAUGUCCAACUCUUCAAGUGCUGCCAAGCCCCAAACGACAACGUCUCCUUCGAAAUCCAGAAGGAAAACCAGGUUGAAACCCGAUUUGAAGCUGAAAUGCGGUGCUUGUGGCAAUGUCGGUCAUAUGAGAACAAACAAAGCUUGCCCUCUGUAUCAGCAAACCGCUGGAGGAAGUUCUUCCAUGAAUGUUGCAAUGACCGAAGAACAAGAGGAAGAAAUCGAGAAGAUGAUGAACACCGAUGAUGAAGACUUGGUCAAUGUUGAUGGAACGAAACUAAAACUAUCUGGAAAGAUAGUCAGGCACGUCGAAGAAAUAAAAAGGAAGAGUCUCAUGCUUAAGGUGCCAAAAGACGCGAUGGGCUCAAGGAAGAGGAGAAGAGGAGGGAAUGAUCUUCAUUGUGAUUAUUUGAAGAAGCCCAACAAGUCUGCUAAUAGGAGAAGAACAGAUCCUGUGGUUGUGCUGUCCACAAUUUUAGAGAGCAUUCUGAAUGAAAUGAGGGACAUGCCAGAUGUUCAACCAUUUUUGUUUCCGGUUAAUCCUAAAGCGGUUUCUGAUUAUCACACCAUAAUUACACGACCUAUGGAUCUGCAAACGAUAAGAGAAAAUUUACGCCAAAAGAAAUACACGAAUCGAGAAGAAUUUUUGUGUGACGUUAAUCAAAUUGUAGAAAAUUCCACCCUUUAUAAUGGUGCAUCGAGUAGCCUUACUUUAACAUCCCAAAGAAUGCUGAAUAAAUGUCUCGAACGCUUAUCGGAGAAAGAAGAUCGUCUGAUGAGAUUAGAAAAAGCCAUCAACCCAUUACUCGAUGAUAACGAUCAAGUAGCUUUAACAUUCAUCCUUGACAACGUGCUAAACCACAAAUUGAAACCAUUCAGUGAUGCUUGGCCUUUCUUGAAACCUGUAAAUAAGAAAUGCGUGAAGGACUAUUAUACUAUAGUCAAGAAACCUAUGGAUCUGGAAACUAUAGGGAAGAAGGUGUCAGCUCACAAAUAUCAUAGUAGAUAUGAAUUCCUGGAAGACGUACAACUAAUUUUGGAAAAUUGUGCUUUGUACAAUGGAAAAGAUGCCGCUUUCACCAAACAGGCGGAGGAUCUUGUCAAAAUUUGUAAAUUCGCUUUACAAGAGUUCGAUGACCACCUCGGUAUAUUGGAAAACAAAAUAUCUUUGGUAAAAGAAAAAGCAUAUCAAGAAGAUGAUCAGGCAUGGAUGGGCACAGAGGAGGAGAAUUUCACUAUAACUGAACCAGAUAGAAUGAGUCAAAUGAGUUCCCCUGAUGGCGGGUCUUUCAUGAUGAAAUCCUCCAUGGACGAAAUGGAUUAUGUGGAUGUUGAAGGCGAACACCCAUCACAAUUCAGUAGUCCGUCGAAGGACAGAUUGACAAAAAAAGUGAAAAGGGAGUCUGCAACUUUGGAGGAAGACUUGCAAUUUUCGAGUGAGGAGGAAUUGGAUGAGGUGCCCCUUCACGAAUUUGAGGAUUCGAAAGGUGAUUUUCUCAUUCCUGCUGAAUUACCGCUGGAUGGAAAUGCAGCGGAUGAUGACAGCCAGCAGGUAGCCGAGGCAAUGGUGCAAUUAGGUAGUAUGGCUUAUUAUCAAAACGAAGGUGAAGUAGGAGACAACAUUAUGUACAAAGAAGAUGAAAGCAUGGAUCUAGACCCCAACUACGAUCCAUCAGAUUUCCUGAUGUCCGGAUUGCAAAAAACAGCAACUGAAGUGAGACCCCAUGAUCAGGACCAUCUCAAGAUUCAUGACGAUUUGGCUGUGAGCGAUAGCGAUGAGGAAAUGCCAUCGCAGGAAAAUAUGAACGAAGAUGAUGGAGGUGAAUUGUGGUUUUAAAAAUAGGAUAGAAUUCAUUUUAUGUUAUAUAUAUUUUUAUUAAGAUUUGAUAGUUACAUAGUUGAUAGAGUAAAGAUAUCGUUGAAAUAUA